CCGGAAAACGGUGAAUUGUUCUGGAAAAGGAAACAGUCGCUAAGAAAUUUCAGCUGGCACCAUUUGUUGUUGUUGUUUUUAUUCUGUCUUAAAGUCCCACAUUUCAGUUCUGGUCGCUCGCUGUUGAUCAGAAGACUAUAGUUUUUUUUUUUUUUUUUUUGUAAAGUCUAAAAAAGGUUUAAAGCUACCAUGGCGUCACCGCUGCAGAUGACUGAGAUGUAUGACAACGCUCUGCUUGGGAUCCUUCAGCACGUUGGGAACGUUCAGGACUUUCUCCAGGUUUAUUUCGGAUUUUUGUAUCGCAAAACAGACUUUUAUCGCCUGUUGUCUGGUCCCAGCGACAGGAUGGGCUUCCCCCCAGGUGUUGCGGAGAAGAUGGUGCUGAAGACGUUUAAGUUGUUUGAGAAGCUGGCGGAUCACGACCGGGAGAGAAUGCUUAGUGAACAGCAGAAGAGGGAGGAGAGUAAACGUGCUCCUCUGGUGGUCCAGGAGCUGGAGGUCACCUGUGAGUCCCCUGAGGAGAUGAAGGAGCAGAGCAGCACAGAGCCAUCGCAGACGGACGACUUCCACUCGGGAACUGGGGAAGGUUGUGUUGCUGUAGGCCCAGAUAAGUCUGUUGGACCUCAGGGCAGCGGCGAAGCAGCAGUUCAAGAGGACCAGGCUGCUGCAGGCCGCACAGCUGAGGAGAGUAAGAAGACGUCUCAGCUGGACUCCGACAGCUACAAUGGAGCGGUGAGAGAAAACUACAGCUGGUCUCAGGACUACACGGACGUGGAGGUCAGAGUGUUUGUGCCCAAAGCGGUAGUGAAGGGCAAACAGGUCAGUGUGAGUCUGCAGAGCGGUAGUGUGAGAGUGUGUGUGAGGGACGGGGCAGAGGAGAGGACAUUGAUGGAGGGAGAAUUCACUCACAAGAUCAACACUGAAAACUCUCUGUGGAGUCUGGAGCCAGGGAGCUGUGUGCUGCUGUCACUCAACAAGACCUCUGAGGUUUGGUGGAACGCUGUUCUGAAAGGAGAGAAGGAGAUUGACAUCAACCAGAUUAACCGGGAGCGCACGAUGGCUUCGGUGGAUGAGGAAGAGCACGCCGUUCUGGACAGACUCACAUUUGACUACCACCAGAAGCUGCAGGGAAAACCUCAGAGUCAUGAAAUGAAAGUGCAUGAGAUGCUGAAGAAGGGCUGGGAUGCUGAAGGCUCUCCUUUCAAAGGGCAGGAGUUUGACCCGUCCAUGUUUGACAUCCCGCCCAGUGCGGUGCAGUUCUGAGUCGCAGCUCAAAUUCAGCCUGAGGGGAACUGACCCGAGGUUAUUUCUGGAACACGGCGCUGGAAAGUCCACGUUUAUCUGGGACGGUGCAACUUUAGGUUCGUGGGUUAGGAAGUCUGGGAGGGAGGCUCCGUGAUGUCACACACAGAUUUGGUGUUCUUAACGAAUCAACGUGCUUCUUCACUGUUUACUCUUUAUUUAAGCACUCUGCUGUGUUUUGGAGUUAGAUUUGUUCUUUAUUUGUGUUCAUGAUCAUUCAAAUGUUUAGUUCUGUCCAGUUUAUAGAAAAAAAACAACCAAAGUUACUGAAAUUCACCAAAACUACAUCUGAACGUUAGUCUAAGUAAACAGUGGCUGCAGAGAAAACGGACCCGUGCAUCAGAGGGAAGCAGUCUCAGCUGCUGUUUGUGUGGAUGACAUUUUCUUUUUAUUUCAUGUUAGACACAAACCCUGUUCAACUAUUUAAACCUCUUUUUUUACUUUGUUAUUGAUGCUGAUACAAAAGCAGUUAGAUGAAAUUUACUACUGGACUUUUGACUCUGGGGAAACGAGAUUCUGUUAGACGAUAAAAGUGAUUUAUUGUCAUGCUGAUGAUGAAGAGUCUUUGUAUCAUGUUUUCUAGAGUCUGAACAAAACCUGCUCUAUCAAAACGAGUGUUUGACCAUGAUGUGAUGCCUUCUGAGACGAGAAUAAAGACUCAUCCUGUCA